GUCACUCACCAUGGGCCUAUCCCUGGCUCUCUGAUCUCCCCCCUGCCCUCGACCUUUUUUUCAAGCUCUACCGUCUUUCAAUGCCUCGACAUUCAUGAAUCUGAUUCCUGCAAAGCGGGUCACUGUCCACGUCCGGACGCUGACCAACUGUUCCCUCUCCCGUGGAUUGCUGAACCGUCGCCAUAAGACCAAUCAUGCGAGGUUCAACGACACUCGAUUCUCCAGCCGACGACACUUCCAUGAUUAUUUCGUGACACGCCUGCCCUCGUCCUCACUUCAUCCGGAUCCCAGAGGCCCGUUGACCUCCUUUCACAAACUCCCUCGUUCUGCGUCAGUUCCCCAUACGGGAGAGACACCACAAUCGCCGACGGCUUUUCAGGCGCUGGUGGACCGAGACACCACGGUCGUCCGCAUUCCUCUUCGCAGCGCAAAACAUCACUAUGGCGCCUCCACCCUGCGAGGCACUCGACCGACGAAUGAAGAUAGUCACCAAGCGGGUGUGAUCGAUAUCCCUGCCUUCGCAAAACGGCCCCCGACUUCGUUGACCAUCAGACGGUCGGAUCGAAACAAUUCCCCACCGCCACCGCGUGAGAGCCAAGGAGCAGCAACGGCCAGCGGAGAUCCGCAGGUAUUCUACUUCGGGAUUUUUGACGGCCACGGCGGGUCGGAAUGUAGUACGUUCUUGAAGGAUAGACUACAUGAAUACAUCCAGGACACGGUCGCUGCGUUCGAGCUGCGAUCUAGCCUGAGGAAGAACCAGGAGGGCAACUAUCCUGAAGAUGCUGAGCCGUCGACUGGGAACCUGCCGAUCGUGCAAGGAGCGAAUUCUAAACGGAUUGGCGAGCUCGAGAAGAAGCUGAUGCGCGACUGGAAAACCCUUGUUGGAGGGUACUUUAAAAGAUUUGUGCCGGCCUAUUUUUCGCGAAUUGGGACCAACGUGCAGGCGGAUUCCAACGAAGAUACGGGAGCCACUAUCGAGGAGGUGCUAGAGUAUGCCUUCUUGCGUGCAGACCUGGACUUCGUGUCGGCACAGGCUGCGAGGCAGGACAACGAAUUGGAACAUGCCGGGCAGCCCCUGUAUCAGGACAACAUCUUAUAUGGGAAUCGUCAUCCCACGCAAUCGGUGAGCUUUGACGGCGUUUCGCGGUUCAAGGGUGGCAGCACGGCCAGCGUUGCCCUCAUCUCUACGCCCACGCCCAUGCCAUUUUGGCAUCCAUCGACCCCGUCCAGUUUGCUCGUGUCGCAUGUGGGCGACACCCGCAUCGUGCUCUGCUCCACGGAAACCGGCGAGGCGAUCCCCCUCACUUCGAACCAUCAUCCCUCCUCGCCGAUCGAGGCCAACCGGCUCCGACGAUACGCCGCCACCUUUGUCACCGACUCGUUCGGGGAGGAGCGCAUGAGUGGGCUUGCCAACACUCGCGCCUUUGGCGACGUUCAAUCCAAGCGGAUUGGGGUGUCUGCCGAGCCCGAACUCCGACGGGUUGAGAUGGCGCCUGCUGAGUUUUCAUUCCUGGUUCUCAUGUCGGACGGCAUCAGCGGAACCCUCUCGGACCAAGAGGUCGUCGACAUCGUCAAGGAAGCUAAAACCCCCGACGAAGGAUCUCGAGACGUGGUUCGAUUUGCGACCGAGGUGACCAGAGAAGGAGACAACGCUACCUGUCUCGUCGUGCGCCUCGGUGGCUGGGAGCGACGACUCGAAGGGGGUCUGGGGAGUUUAGGAUCGAAGGAGACUCGAGAAUGGCGCCGACAAGAAGCGACCGAUCCGCGCAGGUCACGGCGGUAAACAUUCUUUGUUUGGGGGAAGAAACCAAAAUAAAUGCGACCAAGGAAGUACAUUGACUUUGCCACUCUCUUGACAUUUUCCUUUUUUUAUUUUUUCCUUUUUUUUAUGAAACAGUGUAUAUAUGAUAUUACUUGGUAUCACUAUAUCUACCUUCACUCGGUGAGGGUAUUUGUACAUACAGACAGACACCGGCGUGCGCAGUUGAUUCAACACUUUCUUCUGUUUGAUUUGGGGCUUCAUAGGAGAGAUAUUCAUUUUGAAUAAUUUAUCUAGCAU